AUGGAAUCUCCCAAGACAGCAAUUGUUACAGGCGGUGCCGAUGGUUUUGGGGCAGCUAUCGUGGAUAGGUUCAGCCAAGAAGGCUGGAAAGUCAUCAUUUUGGACCUAAAUAAAUCUGCGGGUGAGGCGAAGGCUCGCGACGAUCCCAACCUACAGUUUGUCUUCGGCGAUGUAUCAAAGCAAGAGACAUGGGAGACAGUAUUGGAUACCAUUCGAAAAGACUAUGGAAGGGUGGAUGUUAUUGUGAAUAACGCAGGAAUCACCCAUGAUCCGUCCCCACUGCACACCAAGUCCAUCGAAGAAUAUGAGAGAACCUUCAAUGUGAAUGUCAAGGUAACCCAUCCAAACCUCCAUGUCAAAACCAAAUACUUACUCGAUGCAACUCAGCCUAUUUUCCUCAGCGCAUCCACUUUCGCCCCGUUCAUGCUAAAACAAGGACAUGGUGUCUUUAUCAACAUCACAAGUACCGGCUUCACCCGACCUCGGCCAGGAUUUGCAAUCUACAAUGCGUCAAAAGCAGCCGUCACGGGAUUUACCAGAACGCUGGCACUCGAAUAUGCACCAGUCAUCAGGUUCAAUUGCAUUGCUCCUGCGGUUGGAAAUACUUCAAUGCUGAGAAAUUCUAUUGGAACUGGUGCUGGCUCUGAUCAGAAACUACAGACUGUUAUGGACUCUAUCCCAAUGAAGAGGGUUACUGAGCCUCAAGACGUGGCGAAUGCCGCCUGGUACUUGGGUUCCGAUCAGAGCUCAUUUGUGACUGGCACAACUCUGGAAGUGGACGGAGGAAGGGGAGUAUAG